GUCCACGAAGACGUCGAAGAGAGAGGCGGACAAAGCGUCCGUUGCCUCGCCUCCGCCUUGACAACGCACGACUAUAAACGAACCAAAGACGAACAAAAUACACAAAUGUUGAUCGACUCAAAGACCAAAGGCGACGGCGACGGCGACUAAAGGAGGUGGAUCCCUGCCUUCUCUCCGCCACCUCCUCAGCCUCCGUCGCUGCGGGCUUCUCCUCCGCCUCAGCGCCGCGCGGCCGCCGGCUCAACCCGGAAGGAAGGAGUCGAACUGGUGCUAAUGUUUGGACUUGGAGGCACGUACCAUGGCUCUGUAAGACCGAAGCAAAAUUCAGUAAUGGUCGGCAAAUCUGCUUACUUUGAUGGCUUUUCCUUACUCAGCAGUAAUAUGCAAAAGUAUUUACGUGGGUGCUGUUGGAUUUUUCCAAAAGAUUUACAGUUUCAAUUUCUCUCUUAUUUGUUUGCCCCAGUUCAGUGUGGACUAAAAUUCUCUCCGUAGAACAACUAUGUAUUGUAGAAGUACUAUGCAAAUCAUGAGAAUGUUGAUUUGCCUAAAAGUCCAAGUAGGAAUGAUGAAAACUUUAGGAGAAGAGAGAUUUUCAACUCAUGAUCUCUAUUCCUCUGUAUUAUGAUAUUGAUUGCAUCAGGACUGAGAUUAUGAUGUCUCUAACUUGGUGGCAAAAUAGUUUGUUGUUCAUCAAUCCUUGCCAUCCAUGACAGGAAGGAGAUCAAAGUUGGCGUUGAUGUAACUGUGCAUCUAUACUGAUCGGGUUGACAAAAAAGAACUUUUCAGAGUAGUCAGCCAUGGUUAGCAUAAGAAGGAGAAGAUAUUUGGGGCUUUGUUCCGGGAAAAGUUCCUUUCCUGUUGUGCUUCCUAAGCCAAUCGAGCAUAACAUUUCUGUGGGCAAUUCUAAUCCACAUGUGAAUCUAAAUAGUGUGCAUCCUUUUCCUUCAGUUGACGCAAGUCUUGCAGAGACGGAAGACAAGUCCACAACAUUUCCUGGAUCCUCAAAUGCCUUUGAAUCAAGCAUGUCGAUGGAGGAACCAAAGAAUUACAGCCCAGGCAAAGAAAUUAAAUGCAGAAAGCGACAUAGAAAAAGGCACCAUGAAGACCAGAAGCCAUGCAUAAUGAGAGGAGUAUAUUUUAAGAACAUGAAAUGGCAAGCGGCAAUAAAAGUCGACAAGAAACAAAUUCACCUAGGGACAGUUGGAUCUCAGGAAGAAGCUGCACGAUUGUAUGACAGAGCAGCUUUCAUGUGUGGGAGAGAACCUAAUUUUGGGCUCUCAGAUAGGGAGAAAGAAGAGCUUAGGCAAUUCGACUGGGAAGAGUUUUUGGCCCUAACUCGGAGUACAAUCAACAACAAGAAGCACCAGAGAAAGUUCAGUACUGUAGGGCAGCAAAACAAGUUGGAGACUAAAACCACAGAUAGCAACUGGGAACUUGGAGGAGGAGCUCGUCAGUCAUCUAUCUCGGACGAUGACGAUGAUGUUGAUUCCGAUACGCCUGUCUCAUAACCAAGACCAUAUUACAAAAGUUGAGGCUAGUUCAUACACGCAUAGUUGAUGAUGAUAACCAAGUAGUAUUCUCGUUGCUUCGGAAAAAGGCCGUAUUAGGGCAUUUUACUCUUGAUAUCUGCUCGUAUGUGAUGCGAUUGUCAACAUCUUUUUAAGGUUGUGGCAAUGCUAACCGCAAUUCUUGCGGAGACAAUGGUGGCUAUGGUCUAGAUUUAGUAAAAAAAGAUAUAUAAUUUAAGAUUUUAAA